AUGUCCAAGUCAUUUACCGCAGCCGACGUCGCGUCGCAUAACAAGCCCAAUGAUCUUUAUGUCACCAUCGACGACGAUGUCUACGACCUGACCAAAUUCCAGGACGAGCAUCCAGGCGGCAAGAAGAUCCUCACGCGGGUCGCCGGCAAGGACGCCAGCAAGCAGUUCUGGAAAUACCACAAUGACGGCAUUCUCAAGAAAUACAAGGCGAAGCUGCAAGUCGGCUCCCUCAACACCAAGAAGAAUGCUGCCCCGCCAUCCCCACCAGCCACUCCCCCGGCUGCGGAGAAGAAGGAGGUAGUGAAGCCCAAGGCCGAGAGUGGUGUAAGGCAGGUGGUUGACAACUCCGAUGCGGAGGCUCUAGAGCCGUUUGGAGAUUUGGUUCCCUUUGGGGAUCCCAGCUGGUAUCAAGGUUACCACUCACCCUACUUCAAUCAAUCGCAUGCCGACCUGCGCGCCGAAAUCCGCGAAUGGGUUAGCACCGAAGUCGAGCCCUACGUGGGGGAGUGGGAUGAGGCGAAGAAGGUCCCCGAUUCGAUUUACAAGGCGAUGGGAACACGCGGAUAUCUUGCAGGGCUAAUGGGAAUGCAUUAUCCAGUCGACUACACGGAUAACAGGGUGAAGAGCGUUCCGCCUGAGAAGUGGGAUCUCUUCCACGAGAUGCUGCUCACGGACGAGCUUUCGCGCGCUGCCAGUGGAGGGUUUGUCUGGAAUGUUAUCGGUGGGUUCGGCAUUGGAUGCCCUCCUCUCGUGAAGUUUGGCAAGAAGGAGCUGGUUAAGAGGAUCCUGCCUGGAAUCUUGAACGGUGACAAGAGAAUCUGUCUUGCUAUUACCGAGCCGGAUGCUGGGAGCGAUGUUGCCAAUCUGACAUGCGAGGCUAAGCUGAGCGAGGAUGGAAAACAUUAUAUCGUCAACGGCGAGAAGAAGUGGAUCACCAACGGUAUUUGGUCUGAUUAUUUCACUACCGCCGUGAGAACAGGCACCCCCGAGAGUGGCAUGAACGGUGUCAGUGUGCUACUGAUUGAGCGAAGCAUGGGUGGUGUGAGCACGCGGAAGAUGGACUGCCAGGGCGUGUGGUCCAGCGGAACUACAUAUAUUACAUUCGAAGACGUUAAGGUCCCAGUUGAGAACUUGAUCGGAAAGGAAAACCAGGGCUUCAAAGUCAUCAUGACCAACUUCAACCACGAACGCAUCGGUAUCAUCAUCCAAUGCAUCCGCUUCUCCCGCGUCUGCUACGAGGAGUCUGUCAAAUACGCACACAAGCGCAGGACCUUCGGCAAAAAGCUCAUUGAGCACCCCGUCAUCCGUCUCAAGCUUGCUCACAUGGCCCGCCAAAUCGAAGCCUCCUACUCCUGGUUGGAAUCCCUUAUCCACCAAAUCUCACACAUGCCCGAACAUAUCGCUAUGUUGCGGCUUGGUGGCCCAAUCGCCAGUCUCAAGGCACAGUCUACUGUUACGUUUGAGUUCUGCGCUCGUGAGGCCAGUCAGAUUUUCGGGGGUCUAAGUUAUUCUCGUGGAGGACAGGGAGGGAAGGUUGAGCGGUUGUAUAGGGACGUCAGAGCUUAUGCUAUCCCUGGAGGAAGUGAGGAGAUCAUGCUGGAUUUGAGCAUCCGUCAGAGUUUGAAGGUGGGGAAGGUCAUGGGGAUGAAGUUGUAG